AUGGCGGCGAUUCAAAACGAACCGGCGAAGCUAAGGUGGGGAGAAUUGGAAGAAGAUGACGGGGAGGAUCUGGAUUUUCUGUUACCUCCACGUCAGGUGAUUGGUCCUGACGAAAACGGAAUCAAGAGGGUUAUUGAGUACCAGUUCGAUGAUGAUGGUAAUAAGGUGAAGAUCACAACAACCACUCGCACACGCAAACUUGCGAACGCGCGUCUCAGCAAACGCGCCGUCGAACGCCGUUCGUGGCCUAAGUUUGGAGAUGCUGUCCAUGAAGAUGUUGGUGCUCGCCUCACUAUGGUUUCUACAGAAGAGAUUGUCCUAGAACGCCCUAAACCUCUUGGUUCCAGCAAGGAGGAUGCAAAGGCUAGUGACCCAUUGGCUCAGUUCAAUAAAGGUGCUGUUCUUAUGGUGUGUAGGACUUGUGGAAAGAAGGGUGACCAUUGGACUUCAAGGUGUCCAUAUAAGGAUCUUGCACCGCAGUCUGAGGGCUUUGUUGAUAAACCUCCAACAGCAGAUGGUUCUGCGACUGCUACAAGUGGUCCGGCUAAGGGUACAUAUGUACCUCCUAGCCUGAGAGCUGGUGCAGAGAGGACUACUGGGUCAGACAUGAGGCGGAGGAACGAUGAGAAUUCUGUUCGGGUAACCAACCUCUCGGAGGACACAAGGGAGCCUGAUUUGCUUGAGCUUUUCCGGCCUUUUGGUGCUGUGAGCAGGGUCUAUGUUGCUAUAGAUCAGAAGACUGGCAUGAGUAGAGGCUUUGGCUUUGUUAACUUUGUCAGCAGGGAAGAUGCUCAGAGGGCUAUUAACAAACUCAAUGGAUAUGGCUACGACAAUCUCAUUCUGAGAGUUGAGUGGGCCACCCCUAGAACAACCUAA